CGAGACGCGACGGUCGCGCGGCUCUCGUCCUUUCGAUCGCGGAGGAGCAAUUGGAAUUCCUCGCGUGUCCGCACGCAGGCCCCCGAUAUAGUCGGAUGGCGCGAUCUGGAACGUGAACGUCGAUCGAUCGCCAUCUCGCGCGCGUCACCGAACAGACCGUUCGAGGACUCGGCGACGUACGGCUGGCUGAACCGCGAACGGAUCGAGAGGCUUGGCAACCGAACGAGCGGCGUGCAUGUUGGCGUGUCACCGUUCUCGCGUCAACGAAGAAGAGGAACGGUAGUACGGCGAAGAAGCUCGGUGGAAACGACGGAAACCGCGAGGGGGCGAGGAUCGUAUACACGAGGAAGCGAGGACAGAAAACCGUUCAACCUGGAUCUAAGAACGACGAAUCUGGACGUGUACGUCGACGACCCUGAUCGGUUGUUGGACGGUCGCGACAAGUCGCGGGCCAGGGACCGCAAACUAACCAAAAUAGAUCCGAAAGCGGCUGCUGCGGCUGCAGCAGCGGCGGCGGCAGCGGCUGCGGUGGUGGUCGACGACGUGAUCGCCACGGAGGACACGUACGAGGAUCGUCUGCGGGAGGGUGUGAAGGACAGUCGCCUCGCCGGAAUGAGGGGCGAAUCGGCACGACCCGGCAAGCGGCCUUUAAGGGCGCUAUCCGCGUCGGAGAAGAUGGACGCUAUACAGAGGGUGCACGAGGGUGAGAGCAAGGCAUCGGUGGCAAGGGACAUCGGAGUCCCGGAGUCGACGUUACGCGGCUGGUGCAAAUCCGAACACAAGAUACGGGGGAUGGCGAGGAACUCGUCGACGCCGGACAGCGAGGCGCAUUCGCCCGCUUCCUCUUCCGGUGCCAACGUGACGGGAGCCGGGAAUCUGGUGGGAUCGGCGAAUUUAUCCAGCGAGGACGAGGGUCCUUGCGCGAAGAAGUCGAAGCUGGACCAGCAAACGUCGGUGGUGACCAGCGCGGGCACCUCGUUCGUCGGGGACGUGUGUAGCGACGCGGAUGUGAAAUCCGAUGGCAAACAGCCGAAAAUCGAUUACGUGGGACUGAUGACCAGCAUGGCGGGCAUGAGACCCGAAAACAGUUCGCUGCUGUUGCAGCAGUUGGGCCUUCUGUCCGGCGCUACCGGUACCCUAGCCAAGAAUCUGUUGAGCAUGUCGCCAGCGUUGUCGCACAGCAGCGCGGUCGGACUAGUGGAGAACGGGCUGCAGUACACGAAGAGCAGUACUGGUAACGUCAGCUGUCUGGGGAAUCCGACGAAUACCCUGAACGGCGGCAGCGGAAAGAGGCAUAGCAUCUCAGCAAUCGCUCCGGCUCAAAUGGACUCGGUGGUAGCAAAGUCGUGCACCAGAAAGAGCCUGCCGCAAGCGGCGGAAGCGCCGUCGACACCGAUCCCGGCCUCGCCGCGGAAGACCAACGAGAACACCGGCAUGCAACGGUCCUCAGGGAAGCCGAAGAAGGACGGGAACGUGAGCGGGAACAACAAAAAGGUGGACGAGGCGCUGUGGCUCUGGCUGACGCAGCAGCAACAGCUGCUCGGGCAGCAGUCGGCCAGUUUCAAUCCGAGCAUCAAUCAGCAGGACGGCUCGUGGUUCUGGCAAUGGUACAAACAGUGCAGCUUCCCGCUGAUAACGUCGACACCGACCCAGCUAGCGCCCAGCCCGGUCGCCAAGAAGUCGCCGAGCAAGGCGAGGGCGAUGCUCGACAACGUUCUCUGCAACAACAACAACAACGAGAACGUGAAGCGGAGCUUGAACAUGGACAUGGUGGUACCGGACGAGGACGAGAUCGAGACGGCUGGCGAGAUGACGUGCACCACCGAGGAGGCGAUCGAGCAUGGCGAGAAGUUCUUCAAGUGGUUGGACAAAUGUUCCGAGCCGGCAGUCACGCGGCUCCAGAUAAUACAGUUCAAAUACCUAUUGGACAAUCUGAAGGCGUGUAGGAAGAAGUCGUCGUCCAGCUCGAAACAGAGCAGAAAGUAGGCGAUAAAUAGAGACAGAAGCUCCUGUGAUGCUAAAUAUAUAUCUUUAAAGGAAAAGAGUGUGCGCGGUUUUAGGGCGCCGCGGACACGCGUGAACGCGAGCGCCGAGGACUCUGCGGGAUCAUAAACGAGAUAGGUAGAG